AGCUUUUGGUGGCGACGUUCCAAUCAACGAUUUGAAGAAGAUGGCGAAAAGCAGCCGCCCGGUGCGUUGCUCCUGGCCUUCGUGGCGUGCCAGUACCUCUUCGUCGCCCCGAUCGUGCCACGCGGAGGCGAGCGACGCCUCACCGCCCGGCAGUCUCUGGGCUUCGAUGAGAGCGGGGCCUUGGGGGACGGCGGCACCACUCCGCUGAUGAUGGCGGCCCACAAGGGUGACGCGGAGGAGGUGAAGGGCUACAUCAAGAACGGCGCCAACCUGGACGCCCAGGACUCCUAUGGCUGGACGGCGCUGCGCUAUGCGGUCCGUGCUGACCAGGUGGAGGCGGCCAAGGCGCUGGUGGAGGGCGGCGCGGACCUGAACCUCGGCUCCAAGUCCGGGCGUUCGCCAUUGAUGUCGGCGGCCUCCAAUGGCAUCAGCGACAUGGUGAAGCUUCUUCUGGACGCAGGUGCGGAUGCAAAGGCCAAGAGCUCGGACGGGCUCACGGCCUAUGACAUGUCCAUGCGCGGGGGCGCCACAGGCUGCGAGGAGUGCCGCAAGAUGCUGGCGGACGCGGUGGGCGCGUAGAGUCGCACCGGGCGCCUCGCCCUGGGGUCGGUGAACGAGGCCAUAGGAACGAGCCGGGUCUCAGAUGCUGAGAGGUUUUUCGCAGA